AGCGCAUCGGAACGCUUUAAGGAGAGCACACAAACGCCUUCCUGGAAGUAGAGGUGCAUGUGACUGGAUGUAGGAGGAGCAGACGGUCGGGCCGUGGGGCAGCGCCCUUCAUGGAAGAGAUGUCGGGAGAAGGUGUGGUGAGCUCAGCAGUGCCGGCAGCUGCCACCCGCACCACGUCCUUCAAAGGAACGAGCCCGAGCUCUAAGUAUGUCAAGCUGAACAUCGGCGGGGCUUUGUACUACACCACCAUGCAGACACUGACCAAGCAGGACACCAUGCUCAAGGCCAUGUUCAGCGGGAGAAUGGAGGUUCUGACAGACAGUGAAGGCUGGAUCCUGAUUGACCGCUGUGGGAAACAUUUUGGGACCAUCCUGAACUAUCUGCGUGAUGGUGCUGUGCCGCUCCCCGAGAGCCGCAGAGAGAUAGAAGAGCUCUUGGCUGAAGCCAAGUACUACCUGGUCCAGGGGCUGGUGGACGAGUGCCAGGCAGCCUUGCAGCAGAACAAAGAUGCAUAUGAACCAUUCUGCAAAGUACCAGUCAUCACAUCUUCCAAGGAAGAGCAAAAACUUAUAGCCACUUCUAACAAGCCAGCAGUGAAGCUGCUAUACAACAGAAGCAACAACAAAUAUUCCUAUACCAGCAACUCUGACGACAACAUGCUGAAAAACAUCGAGCUAUUUGAUAAGCUGUCCUUGAGGUUUAAUGGGAGAGUGCUCUUUAUAAAAGAUGUGAUUGGAGACGAGAUCUGCUGCUGGUCUUUCUACGGGCAGGGACGGAAGAUUGCUGAAGUCUGUUGCACUUCCAUUGUUUAUGCUACUGAGAAAAAACAGACAAAGGUGGAGUUCCCCGAAGCCCGCAUUUAUGAGGAGACGCUGAACAUUCUGCUGUACGAGUCUCAGGAUGGCAGGGGACCCGACAACGCGCUCCUAGAAGCCACAGGAGGAGCAGCUGGCCGCUCCCAUCACCUGGAGGAAGAUGAGGAGCGAGAGCGCAUCGAACGCGUGCGAAGGAUCCACAUUAAACGUCCGGAUGACAGAGCCCAUCUGCACCAGUGAGCUGAGCCGUGGCUGCGCGGGGUCUGUCUGGAGGGCUCUGCCCUUGUCCUGAUGGAUUGUCUGCAGCAGGGGACCAGGCAGCUUCUCUUUGUUCAAUGAGUCUGUAAAUUACGUUUUGUAACGAAGUAGGUUAUCUGGGGUAUUUAAAUGCGGUAGUUCUAGGGUGAGAAUAAAUAAGGUUACUGGGCGUAUGAUAGGUAUGUAAAAAGCCCACUGAGCAGCUGGAGAAAUGCCCUGAGUUUGUAGCCCUCUUGUCUUUGCUAUUUUGUGGCUAGUGAGGAAGAAGGCUGGCUUCCUUUGGCUUUAGCAAUUAUCCUGCACUUUAAAAAACAAACAAAACGACAGAAGUCAGGCAGCCACAUACCUUCCCUCCUGACUCUCACUGACCCCAUCUCCUGGGUGUCGCAGCAUGGCAGAAGCACAGCGAUCUGAGCACAGUGGAGCUGCUGCAGAGAUUCUUUUCUUCCAGGUCAGAAGGUGAUGGAGUUGGUAGAUCAGGCUGGGCAAUAGCAGGAGGAGCACCAGGCUUGAAGCAGAGGGAGCCCAGUGCUGCCAGGCUGUGCAGGUGGCUGUGGCUUCCCACUGCUCUCAGGCCCCACUCCAAUGGUUCAGUGGAGCUUCUGUAGCACUGGGUUGUGGAGAGGCCCAUCCCCACUUCUAUUGAUGUGAUGAUCACCCAUCAGUAAGCUGUGCUUUCUUUACCACAGGUUAAAAUUCAUAACAGGUUUGGCACACAGUGCCAGCAUAGUGUAGGCAGGAGGCCAGCAGCUGUAGCUCAGUCCUGCAGCUGAUACAGGAGCAUUUGGCUUUGAGUGAGGGCAGUGCAGAGUGCUGGUGUAGAGCUGAAGGCAGCAGCCCAGAAGAGGUUAAUCCCUGUUUGCCUUUAUCCUGAGCAUUUUCCAAGUCUCUCAGCAGAAAUGGCAGCUGUGUGUGAAAGGAUGAAGCUGAAACGUUGUGAAGAGAAUGCUGUAGUGUCUGGUUUACAGAGAGUAGUAAUAAAUGGGUGUUUUUAUCUACCUCCUAGUCUCGUGUUGCCUAUUGUGGAGUCAAGUAUCAGUCAGAGUGAUGGAAGAUAGUGUAUUAUUCACUAGGAUUGGAUGCUAAUGGAUAAUGAGAAGAGCUGCAGCUGUAAUGGUUAAUGUAAAAGAAAGCCUGAGAGAGCAACCAGCAGUAGGAAGUCUUAAACUUCAGUCAGGGUGCUGCUGUGGCAGAGCCCAGAGUACUUUGGCCAUUUCAGACCUUCUUGAUUCUUCACCUGGAGUAUUUUUUGCUGGGUGUCCCACAGUGGCAACUCUGCAUCACUCAGUGAGGCCCUUCAUUUCUGAAAGCUUCCUGCUGUAAGGGUUCCUAGUCCUGGCUCAGGGCCGAUUGUGGCACAUUGGCAUUUUAAAAACCAAAGGCACAGUCAGCAUCACCAGCUGCAUUACUCUGGUGUAUUUCAGUAGCAGUUAGCCUCUGCAGCUAAACUAUGUGGGAUCUAAAAUAAAGCAGUAAGCAAUUUUGGAGCAGCAUGUACAACUAACAGCUUUCAGAGUUAGGCUGAAGUUGUCUUCCUCGUAACCAAAGACUUCAAGUUUUGAACAGCCAGGGGCUGUGACAGUGUGGUUGUUAUCCCUGUCUCCUCUACUCUUAUUUAUCAGGCAGAAGCUGAAGAAAGAACUCAGCAGUACCCAGACAGAGUGGUUGCACUGCAGUUCAGCACCUUCAGCGAUGUCCUGAUCCCUUUGGCUUCUUUUCUAAGCUGUACUUACAUAUGUUUGUCACCAGUGCAACAUGCUUCGGGUUCAUACAAGCCCAUAGUUCAGGCUGUUGGUGUGCAGGACACAGUGCCUCUCCCUUUUUGCCUUAUGUGAUAAGCUGGGGCGUGCGCUCUCUUUGGCACUGUGUACUUUGACACAUGACUGAGCUGUUUACGUGUUUCUGAUCUGUAAUACACUCCUAACUUAACUCUACUUGUGUAACAAAGAUGUACCGCUGUCCUGGGAUAGAACAUCCCUCACCUUCUGGCCGCUUGCCCUUUGUUCAUUAAGUCUCUCAAUAAAAC